UAAAAUUUAAUUAAUUAAGUAAGUAAGAUAGUUUUAUCAAAAGUUGAUAGGAAUUUUAACGCUUAAAUGGAUGUUAGAAAGCCUAUUAUUGAUAACUUCUCUCACCAUGGCAAGUUUUUUGAUUGCGUAAAUUCUAGCAGAAACCAAUCCAAUUUAAGAUAAAUUAAUGUACUUUAAGAGAUACAAAAGCAGUCUCUGGCAUAGUCGAAAUAUCAAAAGCUCUUAGAAAACAUUAAAUCAAAGACAAUAAAUGAAAUUUUAGAUCAAAAUAAAUCAACUGACUAAGAAUUAACAAAAGAAGUUCAUAAUUAUUAUGCAGAAAUGUAAAAAAUAUUUCCUAGAGCUAUCAAUAAAAAUAGAAUUAGUUCAUUCGAUAAAGGAGCACUGUCACGCUCAAUCGAAGAAAACGAAUAUAAAAAAUAAUAAAAAUGUGGUUAAUCUAAUUAAUAGUCAGUUUUGAAUGAAUCAUAGGUAGGAAAAAGCAAAAAUAUUAGCAAAUAAAAAAGCUUUCUUAACGAUUACAAAUCUAGUCAAUAAACACUAACCAAAUCAUCAAAAAAAGAUGAAUAGUAACACUCAAAAGUUAAGUUUAGUAUAGAUAAUUAAAUAGAUUCUAUAAAAAUAAAAAACAAUUAAAAAAACAAAAAGGGCUAAAAAAGAUCUAUUUUUCAUAUUUUAAGUGACUCUGAUGACUAACUAAGUUAAUCCUCAGAUAGAGGUAAAUUUGUGAGUGAAGAAUAUGCAGCAAGCAAAUAAGUUUUUUCUGUUAAUCCUAGUUAAUAAUAAGAUGAAGAAAGUAGAUAAACUAUUGAUAAAGUCUGUUAAUCAGAUUUAUCAAAUUUAAAUUCAGAUAUUUAAGUCCAAUAUAAAAGACACUCUAUAAUUAAAACACCUACAAAGAAUAAUCAUUUUACUCCGAAAUCUAACAAUUUUACUUAUUCUAAUGACAAUAAUUUUAUUUCAAAAGAUAGCAAUUUAAACUUAAAAGAUAACAAUCUUAAUUAAAAUGAUAGUAAUUGUAUAAAAAAUCAUAGAAAAAUAUUGUAAACUGAACCAGAGAAUUCACCUAAUGCUUAUAAUAUACAUACGGAUUUAUCCUCGUUAUAUGAUGUAAGUGAAAAAGGUUUAAAUUUAAAUAUUUAAAAAAGAUUCAAUUAAAAAUACAAACCAAUAAAUUCUUCUCUGAAUGGAUUAUAAAUAAUUAAAAAUAAUAGUGGAUUUGCUUGUAAAUAUCAAGCAAAUCUCAAAAAUACAUAAAUCCUUGAACCUUUAAAUAUUUCUGAGAAACAAAAUAAAUCAUUCUGCUCUAAAUUAGAAGAAGAUUCAUCUGCUAACAAUAGUUUAUUUGAUUAGAGAAACCAGAAAUACAAUAGAGAUUUUAAUUCUCGAAAUAGUUCAAGCUUUUCGAUAAAUUAUGAUAAUGGAGAAACUUCACUAGAAAAGAAAUCUAAAUUUUAAACACUUUAGUAAACUUAAAAGUAAAAUAAAACAGAAUUUUAUUAUGGCUGUAUAACUCCUAUUAAUAACUAAAAUAAAUUAAAUUAAUUACCAAACUCUUAGCAGAAACGAUAAAAGAGCAGCUCAAAUGAAUCCAGGUUAUAUCAUUUUGAUUUCAUUAAAUAGGAUUUAUCACCCACUAUGCAUAAAGAAAAAAAAUCUCUUAGAAUAAUAUAAAGGCUUUUUGAGCAAUCUCAAGAAAUUUAAAAAGUUUAUAAAAACACAGAAAAUAAAAUAAGUAAAAUACAACACUGCAUCUAUGACAACUUGUAAAAAACUUUAGAAACAAUGGAAGAUGACACAGUUUAAUUAAAUUAGAUUGACGAACCAGAAGAUAAUUACUAAUAAUUGCUUAUCCACACUGGGCUAACAUCUAAUUAAGAAAACAUUGAUAAAUUCAAGGUUGAAUUGAAAAAAAAUUAAAGUUAAGUCCUCUAAGAAGCAAGUAAUAGAAAUAUGUAAAAAUUAAAGAAAGGUAACUCAAAUAACAACUAGCAAAACUAAGUAAAAAAAGAGUUCCCUGUAUAAAAAAUGCCAUAUUCUAUGAAUAAAAGUGGAAAAUUUUAGGCUUUAGUUUAAUUAAACAACAUCAAUCUUGUGUGA